GCGUAGGCAACACUAAACUAACCCAAGUGAGAUUUGCGGGGAAUCAACUGCAAGCAAGCGCGACGAUCGGAGAGCUUCCUGCGCCGUGCGACUUCGGCAAUUGCAGAGAGUCGAGACAUGGAGCCCGGAAGACGCGCACAGGGCUGCUGGACGUGCAAACGUGAGUUCAGCGAUUUCAAACAGACCGCAUGUGGGUAAACGCUGACUACGUUCAAAAAGAACGUAAGAUUGGGUGCGAUCGCGGUUUGCCUGCAUGUAAUAAUUGCCUACGGACUGGCAGAGAAUGUCUUGGUUACGGAAUUAGGCUGGCAUGGCCCGACCAACCUGAUGGCCGUCGGCGCAAGAGCCAGACACCAGACCAAGCUAUACAGCUACCUGCUGGCAAUUCAAAGCAUUAUGGGAGGCAAUUUCUGAACGUCAAUUACGACGAUGUCGCACGAGCCAGCAAUGCCGAAUCUAGUGACCGCCCCAUUCUCUAUCAUCGCUCUCCCCAACCUCAACGACUCAUCCCGUUGAUACCAAACCUUCAUGAAAGAGAGCCGCAGCUCAUAUACUACUAUGAGCAUCAACUUUCGCGAAUGGUCUCGACCAUUGAUGUCAACAAUGGCUUCAGAGAGUAUAUCCUCCCAUUGGCAUUAUCGCCAUAUAACCCGACUUCCGAGGGACUACGAAAUGCGAUGAUCUCGGUAGCUGCUUUCCAUCUUCUCGGUCAUGAAGCCGCACUGCCAUUCAAAGCCAAGGCAAUACAAUCUCUAUCGUGGUCCUUAUCGGGCGACUCGGUUGCCAUUACUGAAACACAACUUGCAACAUCGAUGAUGCUAUGUGUGUAUAAUGUCUUCGAUGAAUCCGAGGGACAUUGGGCGCUUCACCUUAAAGGCGCUAACGCUGUAUUACACAAGCUGAUGAGCAUUCGCAAUGGCUAUCCGGAGUCCACCUUCCUUUAUACCUGGUUCCUCUACCACGAGGUACUAGGUGAAUUCGGCGAUCCACAGUCGUAUUACCCAGAAGGACCUACAUCGCUACAGCUGAAGGACGAUCUACAGUUCGAUACAUCUCUUAUUGUGGGUUCUCUUGGCUGCUCUGUGGAAGUCAUGGAGAUCAUUAGUUUCAUCAAUGGACUCCGCGCGCGCGAGCUUAACGGAGACACCGGAUCGCCCACAACCGAAGACAAGACCCGCCGUAACGAGGAGUGGCACAUCAUCGAAAGUCGGCUAGCAAACCUGGAACAAAGACUAGACCCUGUUCAUGUCGAUCAUUUGACUCAGUACCAGCGCACGAUGAUUCGCAGCACUGCAGAACUAUACCGCCUCGCUACUUUUCUGUACUUGCAAAGAACUUGCAACACUGCUCAAGUUCACGAACUCAGGACGAUGUACUUGGACCAAGCGUUCAAAGUACUGAACACUCUGGAAACGUGUUCCAGCCCUUGGCCGCUCUUUGUUCUCGCUUGCGAAGCCGAAGUCGACGAACAACGCAUUGAGAUACUUCAAGCCCUGGAUAAAAUGGAUACUAUACGUCGUAUUGGCAAUAUCAAAGUGCUUCGCGACAUCAUCGAGACGUUUUGGAAGCAUCAAGAUCUCCAAGCCGAUAGUGGCAGGUCACCAAGUGCGAAGUGGUGGGAUGUGCUUGAUCUCAAUAUCGCCGCUCCAUGGUUCAUUUGAGAAGCAACCGUCAAAUGCAUCUGCGAAGACUCAAAUGACAGAUAUCGCAAUUGAUGCCAGUAUGGAACCCAGUCCAAAAAAAAGUUACACGGGAUUGGGAUCAUAAGGGUGAGAUCGAUUUACUGGUGUGCCUUUGUCUAAUCUAUCAGUUCUCCUAGACAGAAGACUACCAUCGACUCAUGUCAUAGUGAAUGGGUAUUAUCUUAAGUCAAUACUCGCGGGCUCGACCAUUUGCGAGCCGGUUAGGAGACAAGGCAUCGAGUCUAUCUACAGACGCCGUUGUUACGACCUGCCACAGCG